AUGGUUGUAUCCAUUACUGGGACGAAGUACGAAAUCUAUGUCGCAUACUGUAAAUACAUCUCUGACGGCUUCAUCCCUCCGGGCAUUGCGGAAGCAGGGUCCAUCACUCGGUCCCUCCUUCUGGCCGCCGUGGCACCAAAGUCCUGGCUUCUGGGAUUCGGAAGCGGCAUUUCAUCCGAGGGAGGAAUGGUGAAGAAGGCAUCUGAGAUGUUUAACAUGGACAAUGGGGGGGAAAGAAAAAAAGGCGAGACAGAGUCGGACGAGCAGAAAGAACAGCGCGGAGGACAUGUUCGACUGACGUUUACCCGCCAACUGAUUAGGGCUUCGGGACGGAGUGGUUAUGUCUUCAUGCGGACCGGUAAAGUUGAGAACAGAAAUGUCUAA